UGUCUUCCUCAAAUCGAUUCAUAAUUCAGAUGGACACUGAAAUCAUUGUUAACGCAGUUGAGUCACCGGAAAAUAAACGACUGCCACCACGUUCAAGAAUUCAAGUCCGUUUCAAGACCUUCCUUAACCGCGAAGUCUCUGUUCGCGACCGCGGCAUAAACCUCUAUUUACCACCUCAAGAUCUUAAAGAAACUUGUGUCCGUGUGCCGAUCAGCAAUUCCGGCAGAAUCCGCAGCCUGGGAAAGACUCUACUUACUCAAACCAUGACCACCAUGGAAAUCGACGAAGACGACCACCGCGAGAUUAUGGGAAAAAUUGCUGAUGAAAUUAGAGACAAGGGAAUCAAUUAUAUUAGUGAGAUUGGUGUUGAAUAUACGACUGCGACUUCUGAAGAAUGUGAUGAUGACGAAUACCUGAGGAUUAAAACAGAAUAUGAAGGCCAAGUACUAGAAUUUACUGAAGAUAUCGUUGUCGAAGAACCAUUAGUAUCAGAAUUAGAAGACGAAGACGAAGAAGGAUUUCCAAUGAUAUUAUCAUCUGCUGCUGCGAAAUCAUGUGUUGAUGCCUUGGACAGAAUUAAUGUGUCGGCUGAUGAUGAUGUGGAAUGUUCGGUUUGUCUCGAAGGGAUUGAGGUUAGUGAGCCGGCGAUUCGGAUGCCGUGUUUGCAUUAUUACCAUCAGGAUUGUAUUGUCAAGUGGCUCUGUCAGAACCAUUCCUGUCCGCUUUGCCGCUAUGAAUUGCCUGCUGAGUUGUAGGGUUUUUAAUUCACUUUUGUAAUUGUUUAAAUUGUGAUUUUUAUGUGAAUUAGAAUUAGAAUUUGAAUUGUAGUUUGUAAUUUAGGAUCUCAUGCUGUCAAGUGGCUCUGUCAGAACCAUUCCUGUCCGCUUUGCCGCUAUGAAUUGCCUGCUGAGUUGUAGGAUUUUUAAUUCACUUUUCUAAUUGUUUAAUGUGAAUUAGAAUUUGAAUUAUA